ACUAAAUUGCGCACAAGAUUUCCAGACGUGAUUAAUGUUGAUUUCUGGUCUGGAUUUUAAAGUAGUGUCAGUUCUUCGAUUAGGCACCGGAUAAUCACGUUUCCGGGCAAGAUUCCCGGGCGGAAGGGAGGCCAACAAGCAGUCCUGCCACCGAAAUAGGUUCUAAUACACCUGUAUUAUCAGACCAUAACAUCGAUGACCUCUUGAGAGUGCACAAAUCAUGGAUCCGUUGUUGUUCCUCAUCGUUUUGGCUUCGUUAUAUGGCAUUCUUUACUUUUUCGAUCGCUUCUUUAAGAGCUGCAUGCACUAUCCAUACGAUGCCUUCCUCAAGAAUACCGGACUGAGUGUCAACUUUUUGAGCCUCCAUUGGCAUACGAGUGCCUUUAAUAGAACUCUCCUCCGGUGGGGAUCCGCUGGGAACAGCUGUACGCGUAGAGUAAUGCUUACCAGUUUCAAUGCGGGUGUCCUAGUCACCUUUUCGCUGCUCCCGAUUGGUCUCAUCCUGCUCAUAGCAACCAUCUUCAGCAGUGGCGAACAGGACAGCUCUUCAUCCGCAGCCUCGGCCGUUGGAGUGCCGGUACAGCUGGAGAUUUUGCUGCCGGGAGUCAAUCUGCCGCUUGAGGAGAUAGGCUACUAUAUCACCACAUUAGUGCUCUGCUUGGUAGUUCAUGAAAUGGGCCAUGCCCUGGCUGCCGUAAUGGAGGAGGUUCCCGUCACAGGGUUUGGGAUUAAGUUUAUCUUCUGCCUGCCGUUGGCAUACACGGAGCUCUCCCACGACCAUCUUAACAGCCUGCGCUGGUUCCGCAAGUUACGCGUUCUGUGCGCCGGCAUCUGGCACAAUUUUGUGUUUGCUGGUGUAUGCUACCUCCUAAUCUCAACGGUGGGCAUUACCAUGUCACCACUUUACGCCUACAACCAACACGUUGUGGUCACUGAACUAACAAGAAAAUCUCCGCUGCGAGGAGAACGCGGCCUGCAGGUGGACAACCAAAUCACCCAAGUGAACGGGUGUCCGGUGAACAGUGAGGAGUCUUGGGUGGCCUGCCUGCAGAACUCAUUAAAACUGAAGCCAGGUUACUGUGUGAGUGCAGAAUUCGUGCAGCUUAACGACGAGAGCAGUGCAAUUUCACAUCACAGCAUUGAUGGACAGCUGCAGUGCUGUGAUGAACUGAAUCCCAAUGUGAGCUGCUUCGAGGUGGUGGAGGAUGCCAAUGGAGAUGUGCCCGUAGAGCUGCCGCAGCACGUGUGUCUCAAUGUGCGUCGAACUGUGGAGGAAGUUACCGAGCACUGUUCCUCGGGGGUCUGCAACGAGGGAUUCUGCCUGCGUCCGUUGAUACGGAAUAUCACUGCCAUAAUGACGUUUAAGCGUCAGAAUUUACGCGGCGAGAAAUUGCCGCCGGUGAUCUAUGUGGGUCAUCCGUGGGAUGUCACACGAACAGUAGAGGUAUCCGCAUUUGUGCCGAGAUACUCCUUUGUGAAGGCUGCCUGGCCAGAUGCAUGGCUGCUGCUCCUCAAGUAUAAUGUGGUCUUCAGCAUAGGAUUGGCCCUAAUCAAUGCCAUUCCCUGCUUCGGUUUCGAUGGCGCCCACAUUACCAGCACCGUGAUUCACAGCUUCUUGGUGGGCAGAGUUGAUCAGCAUGCCAAGAGGGAUCUCAUUUCGGUGAUCAUCACCAGCGUGGGCUCUCUGCUCUUUGGAUUGGCUCUGAUUAAGGUGGCUUGGCUGAGUUUUUUGCGACCUCUGCUUUAGGAACUGAUAUUGAUAACUGUUCUAUGGAACCUCGGAGUCCAACUCCCUCCAAAGACGCUAGACUGCUAUUUCACCUCCACGAAACACACGAAAACACAGCGAAUUGUAGCACCUCUAAGAUUCGAAAGCUUUUUGUCAUAGUCCUUAGUCUUAACUCGUAUUUAUUUUCGUACGGUUGUCGAGCUCAAAAAUAAAAUCAAAUUAAGCUAA